AUGGUUAGUAACAGCAGAAUUUUUAAGCCGUUGUAUCAAUUUGAACAAACGUUAGCGCGGAUUGCACAAAUGACUUUGUUAUGGAAAUCUGUACAACUGACAAAUGCUCUCGUGCUGUUGGCAGCACUUUCUACAUGUUCUAAAAUAGUCGUUAAAAAAAAUGCACCAGCUGAAGGAUUCGAUUCUUUUAAGACCUCGGAAAGUUUAAAAUUUUUGUACUUACUACCAAUGAAUAGAAAAUACUUAACAAAAGUGCCACUAUUAAAAAACAAAGAGAAAGAGGAAGUGGUAUCACAAAGUACAGAUCGUGGUGAUAGUGAUGCUCAUAGGCAUCACAGGAUAUCAUUAUUUAAGCUUCAAUGGGAACAUGUUAGCGCACCUCUUGCCAUUGCUUUUUGGUUUUUUACAGUCACCGUUAUGAAAAUUAUUUUCCAUCGCUUUCGCAAUGUUCAUAGUUUAUUGCCCGAUUCAGCAUUACUAAUUGUUCUUGGUUUAUUUUUUGGCUAUGUCUUUCAUCUCGUUUAUCCGGACGAGCAGAUGUAUCUCAAACCAGACUGGUUCUUCUUAUAUCUCUUACCACCUAUUGCGCUUGAUGCUGGUUAUUUUAUGCCUAAUGAAGACUUUUUCAGGAAUUUUGGAACUAUAAUGACUUACGCAGUUCUCGGAACGUUGUGGAAUGUCUUCGCUAUUGGAAUGACAUUAUAUUUUUUACAUGAUUACUUCAAAGUGCAUACUUCACUGAUCGAACUGUUCCUGUUUUCAACGUUAAUAUCCGCUGUGGAUCCAGUAGCUGUCCUUUGUGUAUUUGAAGAAAUUCAUGUUAAUCAAUUACUUUAUAUCUGUGUGUUUGGUGAAUCAUUGUUAAACGAUGCCGUAACAAUUGUACUCUAUCAAACCUUCAAUGCUAUGGUGGAUGCACGUACUCUUACGGGUGCAGAUUAUGCUACAGCUGCUUCUUCAUUUUUUGUUGUUUCAUUUGGUGGUUUGUUAAUUGGACUGAUUUGGGCUAUCCUUACUGGCUUUACAACCAAGCACUCUCAGCAUCUGAAUGUUGUCCAGCCGCUAAUAUGCCUGCUUUUUCCGUACCUUGCAUAUUUAACAGCAGAAAUGGUUGCUAUGUCCGGCAUUUUAGCAAUCGUUAUAUGCGGACUAACCAUGAAGCAGUUUGUUGUAGGCAAUUUAUCCCGGAAAUCGCUUGUUACUGUUCAGUACUUUAUGAAAACACUCUCAUCAAGCUGUGAAGCCCUAAUUUUCGUUUAUCUCGGCAUAUCAGCUGUUUCAAAGAAUCACGAUUGGGAUGCUGUGUUUAUUGUUGGCACUUUAAUUAGUUGUCUUGUUCAACGGUUUAUCGGAGUUUUUUUUCUCACGUAUAUUUUAAAUAUACAUCGAGUGCAGAAGAUUGACCUGGUUGGUCAAUUUAUCAUGAGUUAUGGCGGUAUUCGAGGUGCUGUAUGUUAUGGCCUUGUUAUGUCGCUUGAUCCUUUAGCAAUGAAGGCUAAAAAUAUGUUCGCAUCCUGUACUGUUGUUGUCAUAUUAUUCACUGUUUUUGUACAGGGUGGAACAAUCAAACAGCUAGUGAAAUUAUUAAAAGUUAAACAAAACGAAGUGCACAAGAAAACUGUUUUUGAAAUGGUCAGCGAAAAUGUAAUUAACAAUAUGAUGACUGGUGUAGAAGGAAUAACUGGUUAUCGUGGACAAUAUUGGUAUCGUCAGGCAUUCAAUAAAUUUGCGGAGAAUUACGUGAAACCGUAUUUAAUGAGUAAUGCAAAAUCUGGAGCAGAUCGUCUAAUUGAUUAUCACGAACAUAUUCAGGUAAAAGAAGCAGUUCAGCAUUUAAAAGUACAUGGUAGCUUUGUCGGUUUGCCAACCGCACAAAGUAAAGUGAAUCUAGAACAAGCGACAGCUGAAACCAAACAACUGGUCGUGAACGAUCAAAAAUACACAAGAAACAAUCUGGAAGUCAACGGUUUAACUGUAUCGGCUGAAAUGCGAAUGAAAAUCCCUCGUAAUGAAUCAAUUAGCGUAUUCCUAAGAGAUAAAUUCAACGAGCUCAAUUCGCCUGUAUCAACUGGUGUUUAUAGCCGACAUUUGUUAGAUGUUGAUAAUACACCACGUGCAUCUUCUAAACGACAGGAUUUUUACAAAGGCAAUUCAUUUGACGCACUUGAGAGCGAAGCAUAUAAUAUGACUUAUCCAUACUGCAAAAAUACUCGUAUAAGGCGACAGACAGCGUAUGAUGUUGCCAAUUCCGAUCAAACAGAUAAACAUCCGAGAAAGACUAUCAUCGCUUUGCAUAAAAAUUCUGACAUUGAUGCGCUUACUUUCAGAAUUGAUUCUUUAAAACCUCGUUUUUUAAUUACUAACGAAUCUAAUCCUACUUCACCACUCAAUACGUCACGUUAUUCGCACCGAAAGAGUUCCGAACAAGAUUUGCAGGAAAUGAUUGAAACGAGCAUUGGUAGGAAGUCGUCAUUCUCUAAUCUGAUAUUACCUGGCGAAACAACUACCGAAAAAUUACACUUAGAAGAAAAGCCGAGAAAGCUUUCAGCAGGUCACAAAGCCUCUCUAGCGAAAGAAGCAAGCGAUAAAACAACUUUAUCACCAGUACAUGAAGACGAUGAAAAUGCCGAGUCACUGAGCACAGAACGAAACAGAUGCAGUUGA